GAAAAGCUUUCCCAUCUACCACGCGGCCGGCUCAUCACCAACCCCGGGAUGUGGGGUUUGACUUUGGCCUAACCACACAUGUCUGCAUUGAGCUCUCUGGCGUCCUCCUGCAUUAACAAUGUCAAACGCAGACCCACACACACCAUGGAUUUGAUACUCACCCCUCUUCGUAUAUAUACUCUAUUCUAUGGUUGGCCUCAAAUGAAAGCUCUGACCCAGGGACCCCUCCCUACUCGUCCUCACGUCACUCUCCGGCUCUCCCCUCGCACGUCUCCAGCUCUCCUCCCGCCUGGCCGCCUCUCCAUUUGUUUUUCCAUCACAUCGCCGUCGUCACGCGCACACCGCCCCACUUCCCACCGCACCGCGCCCCACCUCCCCUCUCCCGAAGCUUCCAUGGCGCCCGCGCCGCCGGCUACCACGUGGCCCCACCGCCACGGCACAUUCCUCCGGCCACUGGCCCUCGUGCUCGCCAUGCUCCGGCCGGUCACGUCGCAGCUCCUCCAGCCGCCUCCCGGCGCCACCUUAUCCGCCGCGUUCUCGCCGCCGUCGCCGCCCGCCGACGCUGGAGGCGGCGGCGGCGGAGGGGGAAGGUUCAGCCUCACCACGUCGCUCCUCUUCGUCAGCCUCAUCGCCGCGCUCUUCCUACUCGCCUUCUUCUCGGCCUACCUCCGCCGCUGCUCCGACGCCGCCACGGCCACGGACGCCGCGCGGCGACGCGCCCUGAGCGCCAACGCGGCCGUCGCGGCAGCGGCGGCGGCAGCUUUCGCGUCGGCGGCCAGCGUCGGCGGCGGCAGGAGGCGCGCCGCCGUGGGGCUCGACGCCGCGGCGAUGGAGGCGCUCCCCGUGCUCACGUACGCGACGGCGCGGGCGGUCAAGGCCGGCCGCGGGGCGCUCGAGUGCGCGGUCUGCCUCUCCGAGUUCGACGACGCCGGCGAGAAGCUCCGCCUCCUCCCCGGGUGCUGCCACGUGUUCCACGCCGCCUGCAUCGACGUGUGGCUCGCCGCGCACGUCACCUGCCCCGUCUGCCGCGCCGACCUCUCCGACCCGGCCGUCGCGGACGCCGGCCACGUCCUGGCCGCUGACCUCGCAGCCCAGGCAGAAGCGCCCACCGACACGAUUAUCAACAUCGACAUCGAGCCGUCCGAGUCAACGCCAGAACGGGGCCCCACAUCGUCCGACGAGCAGCCAGCGGAGACGGCGGAGGAGCGGGUGGACCGGUACACGCUGCGGCUGCCGGAGAGGCUCAGACGGGAGAUCGACGAGGCGAGGCGGCUCCGCCGGGCAAUGAGCGCGGUGACCGCUUCGACCGCGUUGCCGAGCGCCUCAAGCGGGCGGUUGACGCCGGCGGCGGCACUACGGACAAUGUCGACCGCGCGCCAGAGCCGGCGGUGGUCGGGGCUGUUCCGGGCUCUGUCGGGGUCGCGGCGGCGGAGCGAGCCGGAGGGCCACCGGAGGGUGGUGCCAUUGCAUACCGGCGACGGGGAGGUGGAGGUGGUGGUGGUGCAGGACGGUAACGUGGAGAAGUACUACGCGCACAGCCUCACGUUCGCUGGGUUCGUCAUCGACGGCGACGUCGCGGCCGGCGACUGGAACCCGGAGGUCUUCCAGGUCUCGACGGCCGGCGCGGCGACGUCGCAGCGGUGAAGCCAGCAUUGUUGUUCAUUCCAGCGAUCCUAUAGGUAGAGGUAGAGCGAUUGCGCGUGGUUUGAUGAAUUUGACAGCAAUCAGCAACUGUACAUUUAGAGUUAUUAGUUGUCAUCUGGUUGAUGGGAAGUGCUCUCUGUACUGUACAUACAGUAUACAAUUAAGUUUUUGAGCCUCAUGGAAAUACUUCUGUCAUGGCAAUGCAAAUAUGGUUACGGA